UCCAUUGCUUGUUGUUAUGUCAAAGCCCCGAGAUUUAAUCACUAGUUAAUAAUAAAACCGUCAAUCAGAAAUGAAACACUAUUAUGCUUCCAUUCUAGUCUACUUUUUGGUGCAAUCAAUAUAAUACUGUUUAAAGAUAAUGUCUAUUGAAAUUUUAGAUGAUUCCUGUUUAUUCAGAAUAUUUCGUGAAAUCAAUGAUAAACAAACUUUGCUUGUCUGCUCACUAGUUAAUCGAAGAUGGUACUCAUUAAUUUUUCCUAGCUCAUUACGGACGAAGAGAUUUGGUUAUCAAAAAAAGAUUGAAACUGAAAGGAAAGGAUUGAAGCUUAUACACGAUGGUGAAAUCGUCAUUGUCAGUAGUAUUAAAAUCGAGUCUGACUUUUUUCCUCAACAUGGCAGAAAGAUCAAACAACUUUGCAUUUCAGAUUGUACCUUAGACGAUUUUAAAAGAUUUGUGAGAUAUCUUCCACGAUUAGAACGAUUACAUAUGUCAAGCAGCUCUAGUUCAAAGCCAAGUCAACGUUAUGAUGGACCUAAACUCGAAAGGCUAGAAAUACUUGAAAUAAGUACAGAGUCAUCUGUGAGGUGUGAACCAUACAGGGGGUUAAGUUUGAUGGAUCGAUGUCCACACCUGAAAAGUGCGUUUCAUUGUAUCAAUGGGAGUGACUUUUUUGUUGACACACAAGUGAAAAAUUAUCAUUUAGAGGAUUUGGUCAUUGAAAAUAUGUAUAGCUCUGGAACUGUUAAUUGGCAAACUUUGAAAAGGAUUUUACGAAAAUGUCCUAAUUUAAAGCACCUGGCUAUAAGGCAUUCGUGCGACACUGAUAUUGAAGAUGAAAAUAUACCAGAAAUGCUUGAAUUAUUACCGAAAGUCGUUCUUAUUGAUUUACGAGUGUCUCCUGGUAUUACUGACAUAUCUGCUGAUUAUGUAAAGGAAUAUUGUAAAACUCAUAAUCGUUCAAUAUCAUUUUAUUAUACAAAUGAACACGAACACGGCAUAAAAGCUGAUUGGCCUCAAUUAUUAGAUAACAUUGGUAGGCGCUGCUUUGGUUUCAGUUUCAUGAGGAAUUGUUUUCUGAAACCAUUCGACGAAUUACCUGCAUAUAUGGACCCAACCUUCUUAUUGCCUUUACUCAGAGACAAUGUCCGCAUUAAUAAAAAAACCGUGCCUGUAGAACCUGAUGUUGAUGAAGAGGAUUUAGAAUUAGGUGGCUUAUUCGACUAAGCGGCACUUUUAAAAAUUUAAUUAUGUUAUCAUACAACAUUUUAUGAAACAAUAAUUAAACUUUCGAAUUUUGAAAUUUA